AUGAAUUACUGCGUGAUUCAAAUCACCUCCCCACAAGGCUUCAUCGAUCGCUCCUCCGCCAACUUUCGGCCGUCAUCAAAGGAGUUCACUCAGAGUCAUGUGUAUGUCAACAAAUACAACAAGAUUGUUGGCAGCCUAAACUUUGAUGCCUUGCAGUCGACCUUUGUGGAAGAGCGGCACAAGUGUUCUAUUGAAAAAAGUGAUUGGGUGUUUAUUGGUGACGACGAUACCUUAUUCUAUGAACAAGGUAUCCAGGCAUUUAUGCAGGCAAGGAAAAGACAACUCAACCGACUGUUUGCGCAUGGCAACUUUUUUAAUCCACGCAAGCCAUAUGACAAAGGAUGGUACAAUGGAGGGACUGGAAUUGCUAUUACUGGUAGGGUAGCCCGUCUUUUAUUGACAAAUACAACUGAGAACAAUUCAGAUCUUUUAGAUAUCAUUCGGAAGGAAGAAGAGGACUGCGAAUGUGGAGAUCUUCCGUUUGCCCGUGUGUUGCAAUACUUUCGAGUCCGUACCAUCCACCAACCCAACUUGUUUUUGGACUCGUGCUUGGAUUGCAAUCACAUGGAAGCGGAAUUGGCACCUAUAGUGGCCUGCCAUGGUGCGGAGCUCUUUCGUGACGCCAAUCCACAAGCCAAUGAUAAGGCAAGGAAUAUGAAGGAUCUCUAUAGCAAUUACUUCAGCGAGAUUGAAGUAAAAGAGUUUGGUGCUUACCAGCAACCACCAAUGUUUGCUACCAUGAGUCCAUUGGAACGACGAGACUACAUGGACCAAAUUUGUAACAGAACCGGCUGA